AUUCAAAAGAAAAACGUUUUUCGUAUUAACGUAGCUCUGCUUUGGAAAUGAAUGUUGGUUUUUAUGAUUAGGAUGUAUACUACCAAAGUUAAAUUGGGAUCUCCGCCAAAGGAAUUUACUGUAAUGAUUGAUACUGGAAGUGACCUUUUGUGGGUCAACUGCAAAUCUUGUAAUAAUUGUCCUCAAUCUAGUGGACUUGGGAUUAAGCUUAAUUUUUUUGACACGGUUGCUUCAUCCACGGCUGGGUUGGUUAAAUGCUCAGACCCCAAUUGUCCUUUUGGAGUUCAAGGUGCGGAUGUUCGAUGCUCUCCUCGAGUUAACCAUAAUCCGUACAACUACUCCUAUCAAUUUCAAGAUGGGAGUGGUACCUCAGGUGUUUAUAUCACUGAUGACAUUUACUUUGACACAAUCAUCGGACAAUCUUCUCAUGUUAGUGCUAAAUCCCCGGUCACUGUUUUUUUUUUUUUUUUGGUGAGAAACUCUUAUGCUUAUUUAUUGUGGACAAUUAUAAAGGAUGCCUGUGUGAUUUCUGAUUUGUAAUCUUCUUUGAUAGCU